CUGGAACCUCCCCCCCUCCAGUCCAACAACCCGUGCGCGAGUGCCAGGAAGGAGAAGGAGGACUCGCGCUCGUCUUCUGGUGGUCGUCGGGCUUGCAGUUGGGGGCGCAGGGCGAUCCUGAGCAACGGCCAUGGCUCCGUCCCGGCUAGGAAGGAGGGUGUUUGUGGUGGGAGUCGGCAUGACUAAGGUACGGGAUGGGUUGCUCUGUUGAGAAAGGAGUGCAGGGGAGGGGAAUGAGAGCGCCUAGAGUUGCUCCCCUUUUCAGGCUGCACCUCAUUUCCACCCCUCCCAAGAAACUGCGUGGUCUGCAUGGCUUCCAACCCCCUGUUUUAGCCUUGCAAUAACCCUGCAAGGUAGGUUGGGUCGGCCCCGCACGGGACCCCCCCCCCCCCAGCAAUACUAGCCACCAGCCCCUUUGAUAGCUGUGUGGCUGGAAGAAAUUCAACCGGUAGAGUCUUCCCAGCGCUGCCACCCCUGUGUUGGGGAAGACUAAUUAAAAGGGGGGAAUAUUAUGACAGUGUGAGUGACAAUUUCCCCCUUGCUUUCAGUAGGAAACCAGAAGGUUUACUGGAGAAAAGAGAAUGCUGUGAAUGUUAGUUGACAAGGCAGGGAUCCACUGAAAUAAAUGCAAGCCGACAAACAAAGCAAGGAAAGGCUCAUUGGAGGGAAAGGGUAUAGGUAUAGGCUCUGUUGACAGGGGGCAAGGGGAAAUUAUGGGGAACAAUAGUCAGGGUCCCCAAAAGACUGGAAUGUGCAUAUGACAGUUGUUUAUACUAAAUUAACCAAAUUCAUACAUGGCUUUUGCCACAGGUACAAUGCCUGAUAUCCAACUAAAUCAUACUAAAGCACACCUAUUGUAACUCACAGAAAUAAAUUAACUAUUUUUUUAGCUGCUAUGCUCUGAAUAUGGCUAACAUUAGGGAUUGCCCACUAUCUGGGAUGAGACAUAAAACAUCUUUGUCUCUCUUUGUCACUGACUUUUAAUAAAGUCUGAGAUACUUCUAAUUUUAUUUUGCUGCUUUAUUGUCUGACUUGAUUGUUUUCAAUGUUAUUUCCAUGUGGGUGUAUAUGCAUGCGGGUCGGUGGGUAUAUAUUAUUUGUGCAAAUUUGUUACUGUAGCUGCCUUGAUGCAAAGUGGAAAAAACGUGAUAGAAUUACCGUAACUGCAACAAUAAAUAAAUAAAUAAAACCACUUCAGAAAGUUUUUAUUAGAAGAUUAAUAUGGAAGAGACUAGAGCAGGCUUCCUCAACCUCACCCCUCCAGAUGUUUUUGGCCUACAACUCCCAUGAUCCCUAGCUAGCAGGACUAGUGGUCAGGGAUGAUGGGAAUUGUAGUAUCAAAACAUCUGGAGGGCCGAGGUUGAGGAAGCCUGGACUAGAGACUGGGUCUGAAAGGCCCCUUCCACAUGAACGGGCGAAGUUUCUGUUCACAGGCAUAAUAUUUAGCUCCAGACCUUCCUUUGCUCUAAGCAUUCGUAUGAUUCCUCAUUCUAAGUGUUACCUAUUGGUCUGGUAUAUGUCAGGUUAGCAUAUAAAAAACGAGGAAUGUCACAACCUCUUGGAAGAUAAGUUGAUAGCUUAUGCAAUAGCUGAGCAAGGACCUUUGGGACUGUUAGCUACUUGUGGCACAGACCUGCAUUCUUGUUAUGUUGUAAAGUGCCAGGUAUUUUAAUGGCAUUACCACUAGUGCAUCAAAAGAUAAACAAAAAUGUUAUAGCUUAACAGAGACAUCCUGUCUUCCUUCUAGCACCAUGAUUUUUUUCUUUAGCAAAGCUUCAGGAAUUUUUAACAUAUAAUUUGUUUGCACCACUAUAUAUUGCUGAAUUUGUGUAAUGGCAAGUGGCUAUAUUAAAAUAUGAUAAGAUCUGAGAAGGCAUUUACCAUGCGCAUGUGUAGUGUGCACUUCCUAGGCCUUUCACUCUGCAGAAUUUGUGUGAUUAGAAGUUAUAUGAGUACGAAUGUGAAGAAAAUAGACUUGCUUUUUUUAAUUUAAAAAAAAAAUGCUUUUCUUUCUAACAGUUUGAAAAGCCUGGGUCUCGUGAAAAUUUUGAUUAUCCCGACAUGGCUAAAGAAGCAGGUUGGUUCAUCAUAAUGGGGUCUGGCUCACAACUUAUACUGCACUGGGGGAAGGGGGCAGUGUCCUAGAGAAAACUGAGCACUUUGAGGGGUCUGGAGAAGGCGUGGCUCAGCUGCUGUGCCAGUACAUUGCAAUGCUGCUGUGAGAGCAGUUGCAACAGCCCUUGGCAAGGAGCCAUAGGCCUAGGAAGGCCUAUUGCUUGGCCAAUUGUUGCUACCAGUGAAGGAGUUUUGCCAGGUGUGUCUGGGUGUUGUCAGGGUUUGGCAGCGUAGGAUAACAUCAGGGAGGUGGCGAGGAUUGCCCUGGCUAGAGUAGCAUAAAUGUUUAUGUAAAACAAUCUGUUUUUUAACUUUCUUGAAAACUCACUUUAAGUGUGCACUGAUGUCUGCAACGAUGAACCCGUCAUUAGAGUAUUGGUGGGGAACCUCCCCCCCCCAGCCCCGUGAGAGCUAAUUAGGCCUGCUAGGCCUCUGUUGUUGUUAAUUUAUAUACUGCCGUUCACAGAACAGUUUGCAACAUAAAAGAAUACAAAUUUGGUCCGCUAAACUGUUUUGGCCAAGCCACACCCAGUUGCCCUACACUUUAUAUCAGGUGUAGAGCAGGUAAAGCUGUGACUAGGCCAGAAGGGGGUUUGCAAGCACCACUGGUCAGCUGAUCAAUGGCGCCUGCAAAGCCCUACGUAUGACACUUUGCAAGCGCCGACAGAGAGCUGAUUACUGUGGCUUGCAUAGAGUUUGCAGUGCUUUGCAAGGCCCAACAAUCAGUUGACCUGGAGAAGAGGAGGUUAAGGGGUGAUAUGAUAGCCAUGUUCAAAUAUAUAAAAGGAUGUCACAUAGAGGAGGGAGAAAGGUUGUUUUCUGCUGCUCCAGAGAAGCGGACACGGAGCAAUGGAUCCAAACUACAAGAAAGAAGAUUCCACCUAAACAUUAGGAAGAACUUCCUGACAGUAAGAGCUGUUCGACAGUGGAAUUUGCUGCCAAGGAGUGUGGUGGAGUCUCCUUCUUUGGAGGUCUUUAAGCAGAGGCUUGACAACCAUAUGUCAGGAGUGCUCUGAUGGUGUUUCCUGCUUGGCAGGGGGUUGGACUCGAUGGCCAUUGUGGUCUCUUCCAACUCUAUGAUUCUAUGAUUCUAGGGUUUGCAUAUCACUAUUUACUCUAAUGAUUAGACCAGAGCUUUCCAAACUUUUCAUGUUGAUGACACGCUUUUUAGACAUGCGUCGCAACACAGUAGUUCAGUUUUGCUAGCAAACCGGAGGUUAAACUAACCCCUUUCCAGCCCAGGGAGUUGCUGAGGGAAUGUUCACACCACAUAUAGCAGCCGACACACUAACGUGCCGCGACACAGUUUGGAAAGCUCUGGAUUAGACUAUAAUUUCGGAUUUGUUUAAGAAAUAAAUUCAUUUCUUUCAAGAAAAGAAGCCCUACAAGACUUGAGCACUGCAGUGUGAAAGUCCAAGGGCUGAUUAUAAUCUGCUGCUCUGUGGGGAAACCCCUGCAAGCACAUCCCAGCUAUCUGCGAAUGUGCAUACAGUAAUAAGUGACCUGAAGUUACACAGGUGCAGCUGCCUAUCACUGGCAGUGAUUUCUGUAAUUCCAACAGUUUGACAAAACCUUUGCCAGUUACUAUGGUGCUAUGUGAGCUGUAUCCAUGUACAGUGGUACCUCAGGUUAAGUACUUAAUUCGUUCUGCGGGUCCGUUCUGAACCUGAAACUGUUCUUAACCUGAAGCACCACUUUAGCUAAUGGGGCCUCCUGCUACUGCCGUGCCGCCACAGCACGAUUUCUAUUCUUAUCCUGAAACAAAGUUCUUAACCUGAAGCGCUAUUUCUGGGUUAGCGGAGUCUGUAACAUGAAGCGUAUGCAAUGUGAAGCGUAUGUAACCCGAGGUACCACUGUCCACCUAACUCCAAUGACUUGGUAACCCUAUGAAUGUGUCCCUUGAGGCAGUUGGGGCUAUUUCAAAGAACAUCAGGUACUGUAUCUUGCCUGAACUGGCCUAAGUCUUGUAAAAUGUAAUCCGUUUAGGAGUACAGAAGUGUACUUGCAAUCCAUUUGCUUUUCAAAUGUACCUCUUGAAAUGGAGUCCAUCAGUGUUUUGAUUUGUUAUUUAAAUACCCACUGAAAGAUUUAGUAACUUUUUUUUUCAAAUGUUCAGGUCAGAAGGCUCUUGCUGAUGCAGGUGUCCCUUAUUCUUCUGUGGAGCAGGCAUGUGUGGGUUAUGUUUAUGGUAAGUAAUGCUGCUGUUAAGACCUCAACGCUUCGCUUCCUGGGCUUCAUCUGCCACUCCUAAUGUCUGCUUGUUAACCUAAUGCAUCACUGAGGCAGCAGUUUUUCUGUUCUGUCAUUAACUGCUAGCUGUGGCAUUUAAACUGCUCUGAGAUUGGAUGGCGGGGACAGGAUUUGACAAAUUUAUAUAACCAUAUUGGCAUUUCUAAGUGUCUUGUGUCUUGUAUGGUUGUAGGUGUAAGAUGAAUCUCUUAUUCUAGUUUUUUCAACUUGUGUCUGGUGAUAAAAUAGGAAAGGCUAGACUCUUAGUUUUAAAUGGCAUAAAAUACGUGGAAAUCAAUUUAACCCUAUACCUUUUGAUUUGUAACUGCAUAGGCAGCUGAUUAUGAAAAGCUUGCCUGAGAAAAUAUACUUGCUUAUGGGCUCUUGAACACUAAAUGUAUGUACGGUAUUGUUAAAUAUUAAAAACAGAAUGAGUGGCCCUCUAGGGUUUUAGUCUGGAGUCUUCUCAGCCUUACCUGGAGAUACCUAGGAUUGAAUUUUCCUGUCAUAGUGCUAAGAGGUUUGGAGUACUUUAACAGCUCCAGAAGGAGGAUAGAGAAUGCAAUGCUCCUCUGGCCAGUUGUGUGAUUCUGCAUCUUCUUUUUAAUUAUAAAGGUGAUUCAACCUGUGGUCAGCGAGCCAUUUAUCAUAGUUUGGGGCUAACGGGUAUUCCUAUUAUGAAUGUGAACAACAACUGCUCUACUGGAUCAACUGCUUUGUUCAUGGCCAGACAAUUGGUCCAGGGAGGUGAGUUCUGUUUUAGUUCCUACUGCAAAUGCAUAUGGGCUUAGUGUUAUCAGUUCCAUCACUAUAGGAAAUUUAAAAGCCAGCUUUUAGCAUGCUGUGGAAUAUUUUCAGCCAAAUGUUUGAAAAGCUUGGCUGCAGGUCCAGGCCUCCUGCCUGGAUUCAAGUGUAUAAUAUGAAAUUAUGGGUUUUGUUUUGUUUAAAAAAAUAACAUCUACAGUGUAAAGUAUUCAAUAAUUUGUAUUUAAGGUAUGGCUAACUGUGUCCUGGCUCUUGGAUUUGAGAAGAUGGCAAGAGGGUCCCUUUCAUCUCAAGUAAGUAUUGAAGCAAUUUUAAUGCAUGGAAACCAAAGUCAAUUUUGCCUGGCAUAUUUGGGAAACAGAUAGGAUCAUUCCAACUCUCCUUAUUCAAAUACAUCAUUUGCAAAAUGAAGAAGAAGAAAGCCGUGUAUGUAAUGAUGUAUCAUCUACACAAGGCAUUUACAUAAAAAACAUUUAUUAGGAAAUUAAGAGGUUUCUCAAUAUCCAUUUCCUUUUGGCACUGGGCAAACUCACUGUAGCAGAAGGAAUACAGGAUUUUCUCUGCUCUUGAAACUGACUGUAACCUUCACCGCACAAUUUACAGCUGUGAAUGCUGUAGGCCCUGCUGAGAGGUGCUUUUGUGCCACAAGGGCAGAAUAGAUUUUUAAAAUAAAAUAAGUAAAUAUUGUAAGCUGCUGCCCUGAGUAGCUUUUUUGUACUUGUAAAGUGCCAUACUUCAUGAAGGAACUUGACAGUCAUGUCAUAACUACUACAGUGGUACCUCUGGUUACAGACGCUUCAGGUUACAGACUCCUCUAACCCAGAAAUAGUACCUUGGGUUAAGAACUUUGCUUCAGGAUGAGAACAGAAAUCAUGCGGCAGCAUGGCGGCAGCGGGAGGCCCCAUUAGCUAAAGUGGUGCUUCAGGUUAAGAACAGUUUCAGGUUAAGAAUGGACCUCCAGAAUGAAUUCAGUUCUUAACCUGAGAUACCACGGUAUUUAGAAACACAUUUACAAAGAGCAUAACAAAGUAUUGCAUACAGUGGUUCUUAACGGCAAGAUGGAACAUGUGGCGACAUGGGUUUGUGUGUAGUAAUUCUUACUAUUCUAAUGUUCCUUCCUAUAGCAUUGCCCAAUCUCUAGAGCCUUCUCACCGAUUCCUUCAGCUUUCUUCUCAUUCUCUAACAACCCUUAUAUUCAAAGCCACAGCUUCCCACCCCCGUCAAACGUGUGUGAUAUCUACUGUUUCCACAAAGCACAUAGUUAAACAACGGAAUUUGCUCCACAGGAGGUAGUGCUGACCAACAAUUUGCAUGACUUUAAGAGAGGUUUAGAGGAAUUCAUGGAGGAUAGGACUAUCAAUGGCUACCAGGCAUGGUGUCUAUGCUGUGCCUCCACUGUUUGAUGCGGUGUGCCUCUGAAUACCAGUUGCUGGAAACCACAGGAGGGGAGAGUGAUCUCGCACUCAGCUCCUGCUUGUGGACUUCCGAUGAGCCACUGUAAGGAUGCUGGACUAGAUGGGCCUUUGACCUGAUCCAGAAGGGUGUUUUGUACAGUGGUACCUCGGGUUAAGAACUUAAUUCAUUCUGGAGGUCUGUUCUUAACCCGAGGUACCACUUUAGCUAAUGGGGCCUCCCGCUGCUGCCGCCCCAUUUCUGUUCUCAUCCUGAAGCAAAGUUCUUAACUCGAGGUACUGUUUCUGGGUUAGCGGAGUCUGUAACCUAAAGCGUCUGUAACCUGAAGCGUCUGUAACCCGAGGUAUCACUGUAUGUGUGUGUAGUGAAACCUUUCAUAAAUCUGGUGUUCUAUUCUUGAGGCCCAUGCCAUUUUUUAAGCAGAUUUUUGUUCGUAAGGUUUUUUGGUUUUUUUAAAGGGUGAAAAUUAUAAAUAGAGGCCACUCUAUAAACCCUGAACUUGCAGGAAACUUGGGAAAUUUGGUUUGUAGUGUAGUCUCAUGCAGCUUGGGUGGUCCCAAUGUUUCAAGCAAAUUGGUUCUGUACGUUCAGAAGGAAGGCUUUGAAAACGAUGCAUUGAAAAUGCUAGGGGGUUCUUGCAGUAUUUUCUUCCUCUCUUGGGUGAUCUUGAUGUACAGGUGCUGUGGUGUGAAAAACGUACAACUUGUCUUUCAAUUUCAGUUCAUGGACAGGGUGAAUCCCAUGGACAAGCAUAUGGAAGUGAUGAUAAGCAAAUACAAUCUCGCAGCAGCACCAGUUGCCCCACAGCUUUUUGGAAAUGCCGGCAAAGAACACAUGGAGAAAUACGGUAUUACUUAUGUUUGUCAACUAUAUUACCAUUGCAAGAAAACACAUUCAGUAACCUCCUUCCUGUUUUAAUUAAUGAUGUGUUGGAUGAUUGUCUGAAGACCUGUGUGUAGAAAUAAUUGACUCCCAGAACAGGUCGUUUUUGAGACUUUAGCCCCCAUCUGCAAUAUACAUUUUAAGGAGUUUCAUACCACUUUAUACAGUCGUGACCUUCCUCCCAAAGAAUUCUAGGACGUGUAGUUUGUGACAGGUGCUGAGAGUUGUUAGGAGAUUCAUAUCCCCCUCACAGAGGUACAAUUUCAGAGUGGUUUUAGCAGUAAAUCCUUCUAUGGGAACUCUGGGAAUUGUAGCUCUCUGAGGGAAUUAGGGGUCUUCUGACAACUCUCAGCACCCUUUAACAAACUUCAGUUCCCAUAAUUCUUUGGAGGAAGAGGACAUGGCUGUUUAAAGUGGUAUGAUACUGCUUUAUAUGUACAGUAUGGUCUUCCCUCUUGCAAUUUUUUUCCAGUGGUAGCAACAGCAAUCUUUGCUGCCUGCUACAGUGGUGCCUCGCAAGACGAAAUUAAUCCGUUCCGCGAGAGUCUUCGUCUAGCGGUUUUUUCGUCUUGCGAAGCAAGCCCAUUGACGGAUUAGCGCUAUUAGCGCUAUUAGCGGUUUAGCGGCUAUUAAAGGCUUAAAGGCUUAGGGGAUUAGCUGCUAAAAGGCUAUGAAAGGCUAUUAAAGGCUUAGCAGAUUAGAUAAAGGGGGGGGAAAGCGAAAAAAAAAUUCAAGACUCGCAAGACAUUUUCGUCUUGCGAAGCAAGCCCAUAGGGGAAUUCGUCCUGCGAAGCAACUCCAAAACGGAAAACCCUUUCGUCUAGCGGUUUUUCCGUCUUGCGAGGCAUUCGUCUUGCGGGGCACCACUGUAUAUCUUUUGCUUUUGCUCUGUUGGCUAUUACUUGCUUUUCAUACAAUAUAGCACCUGCAAAUGUGUAACUGCUAAAUUAAGCACCUUGUGAGCUGGAAUUGAGUCAAAAGCAGCUUAUGACAUAAGCAUUUAAUAGGAAGCUUUUAUACUAGGUCUAUGAACAUUUUGAAGUAUGGGGUUAUCAUUUAUAUAAGUAAUAUUGUUCCACCCCCCAAGCUUUUUGACUGGUUUGUCUCUCUCUCUCUCUAUUAAGGAUCAAAACAAGAACAUUUCGCCAAAAUUGCAUGGAAGAAUCAUAAACAUUCAACCAACAAUCCGUAAGUACACUAUUUGUGCAGUAUUCAGGGGAAAAGAUAGAUUUAGGGUUCCAUCCAACUCAUUUCUACCUGCAGUAAGCCACUAAAAUUAAUGGAGCUUAAGUUAGUCCUGUCCAUUAAUUUCAUAUAGUCUAUUCCAAGUAUCGUGAAUGUUAGGUAACAAUACCAAGAAAAGAUUUUGCAUGAUAGGAAAACGUGAAACUUCAAAAGAUUCCAGUUUUAUAGACAGACCAAUUAUUUCCUCAUCGCUGAAAAGCAUAAAUUUAGGACGUUUUUAUGUAUAAAUGGCUAGCUAUAUACCAUUAUAGCUAAGUUUCACAGCAGCAGCAGUUCAGGCCAUAGCUUUCAACAUUUCCCUUUUUUUAAGGGAAAUUCCCUUAUUCCGAAUAGGAUUCCUCGCAAGAAAAGGGAAAAGUUGACAGCUAUGGUUCAGGCACCCUCCACCAUGCCUAUAUGCACCUCCAGCUGAGAGUGCCCUCUCACCAGCUGCUGAGGGGAGAGGAAGCAGCGGCUCAUCUUUUGUGCUGAGAUUCAGGUUGGACCUGCUGAAUUACUAUGACCUUCUGGAAUGUGUAACUAAGGUCUAGAUUCCAAGUUUGUUUUUCCCCCUUUCCCUUUCCUAUCAUAUCUCUUUCAAUUGUAGGCCAUAGGGUAGGGGCCGUCUUAUUUCUGAUCUUGUAAUGAGUUCCAGGAGCCUUUUUCCUCCCUGAAAAAUACUUAAAUGAUGUAGAGAAGCAGUGGCACACAGAAAACAAGAGUCAGAGAACAAUUGACUCAGGUGGGCCAUAACCUCCAUGCAUGGCUCGGGUGUGCCUAUAGACUCUAGUAUAUGGGAGAGGGAGGAAAACUCUUUGUCCAUCAUGCAUAAUGUUAUUUUGGACGAGGUGGACUUUGGCUUGAUGUGCAAAGUAGUUCCUAUGUUCUCACACUCUGUUCACAUAAGGCUGUUGUAUUGUAGAAUAAAUAAAAGGUGCCAAUUUCUCUGUAUUGAGGAGUAUUAUAUUAAUUGAGAUGCAAUUUCCCUUUGUAUUUUCCCCUUAGGAAUUCUCAGUUUCAAAAGGAGUACAGUUUGGACGAAGUGUUGCAGUCACGUAAAGUUUUUGAUUACUUAACAAUACUACAGUGUUGGUAAGAAUAGUGUUGCACUCCUCUCAACUUCUUAAUUUUAUUCUGCUAGUUUGUGGUCUUAUUUUUAGAAAAUACUUUUUCUCACUGUAUCUAGCCAUAGAUCAAAAUACGUGCUAGGUCUUCCUAAGGAAAAAAACGUGAUUCCUUCUAUCCCUGUGCAGUUCUUUCUUCUGUUAAGGAUUCAGUGCUCUCAGAAGUAAUAUUUCUGAGCUACCUAUGAUCUGUUAAACCGGAAAUCCUGGAGAUGGUACCUGGGGCAUUCUGUAUGCAAGAAAUGGGAUUGAUGGCCCAUCUCUACGUGCCGUCCCUAAGGGCCUUAUCCAUGCAUUGCUUGUGUGUGGCAUAAAUGUAUAGAGAAUGGAGCAGGACACACAGCAAGCCCUGCUCCUGAUGGGGCAUUUCUCUCUCUUCCUUACCCUACACCUGUGCAUUGUGCACGAUUGUGGUAGAGAAGAAAGCGUAAUGUGUGAGCUCUUGCUCAUGAGUAGGAGUGCCACAUGUAGGGGGCAUCCAGUUGUGCAGUAAAGCGGGGGGCAGGGGGAAGGCAUAUAUUAUAGGGAGCCCUUCUGGUCUGCAAAGAAGUACUGAUUUCUGCAACACAUGAAGUGGCCCUUUCUCUGGAGAUGAAAAAGGGAGCUUCUGCUUGAGCUCCCUGCCUAAAUUUCAGUUCACUAGCAUUAUGGAAUGCCAUUCAACUUUUCAUUGACUUAGGAAAGCUCGCUAUAACAUAAUUGUCUUUGUUCCAGAAGCUUUUGAAAUAAUGACUUUUAUAGCACAUGUAACUACCGUAUUUUUCGCCCUAUAGGACGCACUUUUUCCCCUCCAAAAAUGAAGGGGAAAUCUGUGUGCGUCCUAUGGGGCGAAUGCAGGCUUUCGCUGAAGCCUGGAGAGCGAGAGGGGCCGGUGCGCACCGACCCCUCUUGCUCUCCAGGCUUCAGGAAGCUAUCUGCAAGCCUUGCGCGCCCAGCGGGAGUUCCCCCGGGCGCGCAAGGCUUGCGGGCGGCAGCCCGGAGCACGGGGCGCCCUCUGGAGGACGCCCCGUGCUUCGCGCAGGUGUCCGCAAGCCUUGCGCGCCCGGCGGGAGUUGCUGCCGGGCUGGCAAGGCUUGCGGAUAGCAGCCUGUUCUGGGGGCUGGGGUCGGGGGAAGCUCGGGCUUCCCCCGCCCCAGCCCCGCAGCUGGGGGGGGGGAAUAAAAUUUUUAAAUUCAUUCCCCCCCCCCCCAAAAAUGAGGUGCGUCCUAUGGGCCAGUGCGCCCUAUAGGGCGAAAAAUACAGUAUAUACAUUGGAUUCUAUCAACUAAGCCUACUCACAGUAGACCCACUGAAACCAAUAAAGUUAGUUAUGUGUAUUGAUUUCAGUGUGUCUACUUGCAGUAUGAUUUGGUCACCGACAACCCCAUUUCUUUGUCUUGUGUGGAUUAAAGUGUGAUUGCUUUUAUGAUCAGUUUGAUCUUCAGAGUGAUGCUGUUAAGCUUCUUUGGACCAGUAAUUGACUUUUCUUUUGCUCCUAACGGGUAAUUCAAUUUGCAUUGUGAAUGAUAAUUGCCCCUUCCCCCUCUUCUGGAUGUGAAAUUCAGUAUAUAUUGAUUAAGUGACUCUCAAACUCUGCAUCUCUUUCAGCCCAACAUCUGAUGGGGCAGCAGCAGCGGUGCUGGCUAGUGAAGAGUUUGUGAGGAAGAAUGGGUUGGAGUCAAAAGCCGUUGAAAUUGUGGCCCAGGAGAUGAUGACUGAUCUUCCAAGCACAUUUGUAGAGAACAGCUGCAUUAAAGCGGUAGGCUUGCUAUUCUAACAUAUGCAUUGGCACUUGCUUUCAGUUAAUGUGUUCUGCAUUUGAGGAGACUUAGAAGUGGCGAGAAAGGCGCUUGCAGCUGACGCACAGAUAAUGGUAGUCCUGGUAGCCACAAGGUACUUGCGUGUGAUCUCUGCGGUAGUGGGGUUGGUUGGUUGGCAUCUUUCUUUCUUGAGAGACAGUGAAGUGCGUCUCCAGGGGUGAAGUCAAACUUUUGCAUUUGCAGCACCCAAGUAACCUCCCCCUAGUGCAUGGGUAGGCAACCUAAGGCCUGGAGGCUGGAUGCAGCCCAAUCACCUUCUAAAUCCGGUCCACAGGUGGUCCAGGAAUCAGCAUGUUUUUACAUGAGUAGAAUGUCUCCUUUUAUUAAAAAUGCACCUCGGGGUUAUUUGUGGGGCCUGCCUGGUGUUUUUACAUGAGUAGAAUGUGUGCUUUUAUUUAAAAUGCAUCUCUGGUUUAUUUGUGGGGCAUAGGAAUUCGUUCAUCCCCCCCCAAAAAAUAUAGUCCAGCCCCCCACAAGGACUGAGGGACCGCGGACCGCCCCCCUGCUGAAAAAGUAUGCUGACCCCUGCCCUAGUGCAAGCCUGAGCAGUGUGUAUGGAGGUCCUAGACAACAAGACCCCUCUCUUGGCCUUGUUGAUGUGGUCCAAAGGAAAGCAGAGCUCCACCAGCUUGAUUGCAGGAGUUGCUGGAAGGAGGUGUGCAAGGCGCCAUCCACCUGUCUUAAGGUUUGCACUCCGGAUUUUUGUAGCCUUUACUUCUUAGCUUUUUCUUCUCCUGAAGAUGUCCUGCAAGACAGCAGAGCUUUAGGAUCAGAGUUUUCCUUUUCCUAUGGCCUACCUUCCCAGGUUGACAAGCCCCAUCUGCCCCUCACUUCCCUCCACAGCACGUGCAGAAACCACCUUCUUGUCUCGUCUGCUCAAUCUACCCAAGCCUGUCUUUGCAUGCAGGUGCCAUUUCUAAUUCACUGAGGGUUUGAGACCCACUGGCUAAAAAGAAUAGUUUAUUUAUUGCUACAUGCAUAUCCCAUCCUUCUGCCAAGGAUCUUAAUGUGGCACACAUGGCUUUUGCAGCAUCCCUUGAUUGGUGAAAUGCCUGGAUACUGACAUUUUGUAUUUGUGCAGGCCAUUUAUUUGUUACAAAUAUUAUAAUGAUGGGAUAUGUCCUGGAUUUUCAGAAUUUGCGAAGCAUUAACUUUGACAGGAGUUGAGCGAAUAAGAGCUAUUAGUUCAAAUACAAGUCUGUUAUAUUUUGUUAAUAGGUUGGCUUUGAUAUGACAAAGGAGGCUGCAAAAAGAUGUUAUUCAAAAGCAGGCCUGAGACCAGAAGAUGUGGACGUGAUAGAACUUCAUGACUGUUUCUCUGCUAAUGAAUUAAUAACUUACGAAGCUCUGGGACUUUGUCCUGAAGGUAUUCUUUAAAUAUUAACAUUGGGCACAAUCCAGCCUACAGUUUAAUUCACUUAAGUCCCCAGUUAAUUCCUCAAAGCUGACCUCUGGAGGAAAGGUAAGUUGACAGAAGCAUACAGCCUGAGGCCCUGCCCACAUGCUUCCUGAAGUUGGGCUUAUUUCUCUUUCUUACUCGUUUCUUUCCAGUUGUGAAUAAUGUGUAGCUUUAGCAAUGGGGGAGUAUUGAGCACUAGCCUUCCCCCCCCCCCCCCGAGUCUGUAUUGAGACUAGGGAAUUUUGCUUCUCUAAGUGUCUCAUUUUUCCAGACUUAAAUUUAGUUCUCCACAUUUUGCACCAAUUAGUGACUUUUUUAAAAUCCUCAUUACUACUCACCAGUAUUUUAGUGCAAAUCUCUCCUAAUAAACCCGUUUCCUGUGCUGUUUUGACUACUGUAGAAAUAUUUUUGCAGACGAUUUCACUUAAUAUAACCCAUUUUUGUGUUACUUUCACAGUACAUUUUUAUGCGCACUUUCCCUUUUUGUAACAAAUGUUGCUUGGCAAACUGCAUAGCAAAAUUCAGAGGUGUGAAUUUCAAAAGAUAGCUGUGCUGCAGUUUGCAUUUUGUUUUGGAAAGUGAGAAUUCAACAGAUGAGAUUUGAAAUGAGGCCUGAAUCAAAUUGCUCCCCCAACCCUAAUUAGGACAGGUUCUAUUCAACUUUUUAAAAAUGCUAUUUAGUUCGCAAUGGCUAGUCCUCUAGCUAAGCUUGCAGAGGACACAAAAUGAUUCAGGAUAGAAAAAUCCAAACUCUCCAGACUUGGAUGAACAGGCAACAAAAUGGCAAAUGAGAUUCUAUGUAAGUAAAUGCAAAGCAUUGUGUACACACAGGGGCAAAAAUCCUAAUUUGAUUUAUAGCAUGGAUUUUGAACCUUCUGAGAUAGAGGUCCACAAUCUCUCAUGGGAAAUCUUUGUGGGGCUGACAGGCUGCUUGUGUGGACAUCAGAAAGCAACCUUUGCAACUUAUAUGCACUGUGCUAGUAUGGUGUUCAGGACAGAGUAGUGAAUUUGGACUAGGGAGACACGAUUAGGCAUAUAAGCACAAACCUGCCAUUUGCAGAAUUAUUCCUGGCUGUCAUGUUCAAUAUGACCUGCACAUACUUAGGUCUAUGGUCAAUACAGUGGUACCUCGGGUUAAGUACUUAAUUCGUUCCAGAGGUCCGUACUUAACCUGAAACUGUUCUUAACCUGAAGCACCACUUUAGCUAAUGGGACCUCCCGCUGCCGCCGCACCGCCAGAGCAUGAUUUCUGUUCUCAUCCUGAAGCAAAGUUCUUAACCUGAAGCACUAUUUCUGGGUUAGCGGAGUGUGUAACCUGAAGCGUAUGUAACCUGAAGCGUAUGUAACCUGAGGUACCACUGUAAUCCCUUAUCGUUUACCGAAAAACAAUUAUGAAUGUUAUUCCUCUUCAUGCCACUAGGGGGGUACGUGGUCAUAAUAAAGGAGAACACUUGGAAGCCAACAGAAAAGGCUACAUAAGCAUGAUCUGCAUCUAUUUUUCUUAGCAAAACUUCAAGUAUCUUUUAGUCAGUGACUCAUCAGUGGUUCCCCCUCCCCUUUAAGUUGGGGUGUUAGCAUCCCGUAUGGCUCAGAUAUUUUCUAUACUUAUCAAUAUAUAAACACUCCUUUUUCCUAUGUUGAUGGUGAGUUAUCUUAAAGUGGUUGGCUUUGUAAUCCUCUGCCAGCCAUUAAUCCUUUCUCCCUGCAUUCUGUGGAGUAUGUCAGUUUGGUCCUUUCAGUGUCUGGGAAUUGUUGAGAAAUGGCACUUCGUUCAGUGCACAUGUCACUUUGUUCUCUGUGUUUUGCGUAGGUUGUUGAUGAUGUGGCAUCUUGUAUAGGCAAUGCUAAUCCCAGCCAAAGUCCUUCAGUUCUGCAUCCUUGACAAAUGCCUUGUGAUUGUUUUCCCCAGCACAAAGCUGCUUUGGGAGUGGAUCACCUGGAGCAGAGCCAGUUUGGACUGAAGGGAUGCUUAACCUUUUUCCUGCCUCUUGCUCCUCCGUCCCAGUUUUCUCCCUGCAGGGUUUUUAAUUGUGACAGGCAGGCAAAGGGUUGAGAACUUUCCCAAAGCUUCUGCUUCUCAGAAAGGCUUCCAUAGGCUUAGCUGUAACAUUUCUCAGAAAUAUUUUUUGCUGGAAGGUUUAUUUCCAAGAAAAACUCGGUGGCAGGAUCACAGGCUAUAUGCUUCAAAUUAAAGCCAUUAUGCCAUAGUGCCUAAUGAAGUCCUCUCAUCUCCCCACUAUUACAUUGUAUUAACUGCAAGAGUGUCAGAUUUAUUGAACUUAAUGCAAACCCUUGUGCCUUCCAGGAUUUUUCUUAACGCAAAAAAAACCCCAAAAACAAAAACAUAAGUUGCAUUAGAACAGUGAAUUGAAGUGUGGCUUGACAUCUGAUCAUGUGUGUUGGACAAGUUUAUGUAAGAACAUAAAAUGAGCCUGCUGGAUCAGACCAGUGGCCCAUCCAGUUCAGUGCCAGAUGCUUAUGGGAAGCCUGUGUGCUAAGAGAGGAGCUCAACAACUUAUACUGAUGAAUAGGGCGAGUCUUAUAAUCCUUUCAACUGGAUAACAUCUAUGUGUACCUAGGGGAUUUAAUUUAAGAUGCACGUAUUAUUAAUCUAUCCUGUCUCUCUCUCUUUUAGGAGGAGCUGGUGAGCUGAUUGACCGAGGAGACAAUACCUAUGGUGGGAAAUGGGUCAUAAAUCCAAGUGGUGGCUUGAUUUCAAAAGGACACCCACUGGGUGCCACAGGUAACUCAAUGUACCGGUAAUCUUUUUAUCUAGUGCUUUUAGUAUUUGCAUAUGGGAAACAUGUUUGUGUGUUACUUUGAGCGAGGUUUUUAUUAGGCCACCUUUUAUUUGAUUUAGAACAGUUGCUAGUAACUACUGGAUUUGCUGAUCUGCCAUUUUGACAAGGCUGAAUUGCAGAGACUUUGUCGCCUGCCAUAGUCUCCAGGUACUCCUGAACUACAGUCCUAUAUUCUGUAACCUGGGAGUAAAUCCCAGUGGGAUUUCACUUGUGAGUAGGCAUGGAUCAAACUGCACUCUUAAAGCACAGGGCCGGUAAAUCCUUAUUUAGGUGGAGUCCAACAUAAUGCUAAGUGAAAAUUCCAUCAAUGCAAUGAUUUCUGCUUCUCUAAUGGAGUAUUCUUUCCCUCUCAUCCCCAACCAUCUGAAGCAGAUUUGCAGAGGGGCACACAUUGAGGGCAAGGAAGUCCCCUGCAGAAAUGGAAAUCCUUGCACUGAUGAAAGGCAAUAAUUGAAUACCAACCUUUGUUUUCCACUCUCCUGCUUUCACGGGCAUCUGCUUCUAGUAGGCUAGGGGGAGGCAGGUUGAGUGUCUUGCCCUGGCAACUUUUGGACCAGAUGGACUGGGAGUGCUGCACAGGCUUCUGAAUUAUUCAGCUUUGUUCCAUGCUUUAACACUUCAUAAAAGGUAAAGGUAAAGGGACCGCUGACCAGUAGGUCCAGUCGCAGACGGCUCUGGGGUUGCGGCGCUCAUCUCGCUUUAUUGGCCGAGGGAGCCGGCGUACAGCUUCCGGGUCAUGUGGCCAGCAUGACUAAGCCACUUCUGGCGAACCAGAGCAGUACAUGGAAACGCCAUUUACCUUCCCACCAGAGCGGUACCUAUUUAUCUACUUGCACUUUGACAUGCUUUCAAACUGCUAGGUUGGCAGGAGCAGGGACCGAGCAACGGGAGCUCACCCCAUCUUGGGGAUUUGAAUCGCCGACCUUCUGAUCGGCAAGCCCUAGGCUCUGUGGUUUAACCCACUGCGCCACCCACGUCCCUUCAUACAUUAGCAUUAAUCCUAGCUGAGUGUCACUGAGAAAUGCAGCAUGUCUCUUUCUGUCACAAGUCCACCCAUGGAAUAGCAGUGGGAAAAAAUUUUCACACAUCCGUGUUUGAUGUUUUCAUCCUAAACAGAAACUGAUCUGCUUGCCAAAAUUUUUGCAUUUUGAAGCUCUUGCAAACUCUUCAUCAAAAAUGUGGUGCUUUUUAGCAGAUUUAAGCUGCCCUUGUUUCAGGGAAAAAAUCAGACAGUGGCCCAACUAGUUCAGUAUUGUCUACACUGACUGAGAAGUCCACAGCUGGUUUAUUAGUAAAGCACAGCCCAUAACAGGAACUCAGAAUGAACUGAAACAUUGCAGAUAAUUUGUGACUUUUUGCAUGAGUUUCAGCACAAUGCUGAUGUUUCUCCAGUUUCCAUCCUAUUCACCCUAUUCAUGGACAUCAUGGAUGGAUAAAGUUGUGCUUAUUCUAGAGUUAAUCCUGUUUUAAAGAUUGCUGUAAGAUAUGAUUUGAUUUUGUUUUGGAAAAACUUUCAAGACUUGGGACUCCUGGCGAUUUAACUUAGAUUGUUUAUCAUUUCUUCCACCUAUUUUUGGCCUAUUUUUGCAGCCAUGAGCCCUGUGGAACGCUGUUCCUCAGGGUGGCUCACCAGGCACCAACACUGAUAUCCUUUUGGCCACAGGCAAAGAUGUUUCUCUUUCCCCAGGCAUUUGAGUAUUUUGUUUAUCUUUACAGCGGUAUUCAUCCUUUUGAGGGCUGUCUCUUGUGGUUAGACCUGAGAUAGAAGGGUUGUUGCUAUGGCCUGAUUACUGUGCUUUGCUUUUAAUUAACUUGUUUUUCAUAUAUUGCAUAUUUUUCUAUUAUUUGUAAGUUACUUUGAGACAGUGGUGUAAAGUGACUAACAACCUUAAACAGUGAUAAUAAAAAUUGUAAAAAUAAUACUGGAAACUUUUUUUAAGAAAGCCAAGUUCUUAAAAUUUAAUAGGAAGUUGUAGAAAGGUCUAAAGUAGAAAUGUCACAUUUUGCCCCCCUCCCCAUUACUACAAUAACUUAAAUUUGGACAUGGAUUCUUUGGACUCUUGUGCUAUGGUAGAUUGCGGUCUACCUCCUCAAUAAGCAAUGUGGCCCUCUAAUUUACUAUCUGUUCUUUCAAAAGUGGUGGCAGGAAUUUAUCAGUUAAUUUAUCAGCCCUUUAAAAUAUUGAACCAUACAUUUGAACUAGUUUGUUAGCUUCGUUAUGAUCUGUGGCAUGGAAGAAUUUUUUCUGUGCUUCCUUACUGGGCCUCCUUGUAAUCUGAACAUUGAGGGCUAGAGUGUUAAGGGUGUCAAGGAUUCUGCUGGUGUGCAGAAAGUUGGACUUCAGCCCUGCAGUUCUGUGCAAACAAGGGUUUGACAGAAGUUGCAUGAUUGUUUGGGCAGACUUCAGCAUUGAUCUUGGAGGGAGAUCACUCUUUGGUCAGAGUGAUGCAAUCUCCUAUGCUAUAGAAACUUUGUCACUCCGCAGCUUUUUUAGUGCUUCGUAUAUGUGCAGGAGGUGAUGUUCCUCCACCUCCUUGAGCUAGUCUGUUGGCAACAUCCUGAGAGCUAAGGGCUCCCCCCUGAGAGAUGGGAUGUACAGCACACAGUAGCAUCUUGUCUGCUUUGUCAUUAUGGUUUGGUUUCUAGUCUUUAUAGUAGAUACCCUCCACUUGUGUAGUUGAAGGUGGGGAACUGUGACCCUCUAGAUGUUGUUGGAUCCCAACUCUCAUGGGAGUUGAAGUCCACUAACAUCUGGAGGGCCACAGGUUUCCUAUUCCUGAUGUCCUGAAAGAGAUCACAUCCUGGCCAGGAAUAGAGCUGGAUGUCUUCAAGAAGCGAUGGCCUAGUUUGUGAGCUACUAUGAGAAGGCAGACUUGCUUUGGGUGUUCUAAUAAUUGCAUUCUGGCUCUAUGGGUGGUUCUUGGAAGGCAGCUAUUUUAUUUCGUCAUGUGUCUUGGGAGAGGUGACUGUCUUACAUCCUGCAAGGUGAACUUGAAAAGCUCUGGACUGACAUUGGCGUAGCCUUGACUCUCUAAUGGAUCGCAGUGGAAAUUGAGGAGGCGCUGUGAUGCAGAAUAGGAUUUAGGACCACCACAUCUCAUUGCCAAGUUUCAUUUACCCCUAAAUAGCUGAAAUGUGAUCACAGCUGAAGUUAAGUGGCAGAUCUAUUGUUUGCAGCAAGGGUGGCUAAACUGUGGUGACCCAGCUGAGCAUGCCAGAUUCCAGGGUAGCCAGUGCUCAGAGGUAAUGGAAGUUGCCGUUCAACUAUAUAUCUGAGGACUACAAGCUUUGGAUUAAUUUGUUUAAGAAUCCAACCUAAGGAGACUGAUAGGACGUCUUAGGAAAACAAUGUAUUAGCUAGGUUAUAUUCACUAGAGUUGCCUCAGUGUCAUGAAAAAUGCUUUCUAAAGAAUACCUCAACUCCAAGCGUGCUGUGAGUCAGAAGGCUUGAUUUCUGAGGAAAACUUUUAGAGGCUUUAUUCAGAGUCUGUUUUUUCACUGGUGGUGGUGGUGAUUUUUAUUAUGCUUUCUUUUGUGGUUGUGUGUCUGAAAUAAGCUGUUCUGAAAUAUGUGGCAAGAAGAGGUAUCUAUCUUAAAAUUUUGAAGUUACUAAAAACUUGUUUGGAGCAUUUUUAAAGACUUCUGUCUGACGCACAUUUAAGCUAGGUGUGAAGCUCAUUGAACAAAACGAGCUUACUUCUGAAUAAACAUGUACAGACUUGGCCAUGAGCUCCAAUAUUUUAAUAAACAGGAAAAAUAUACUACGAUCCAGCCUCACAUGAAAUUUGGGACGGCAUUUUGUUUCCCAGCCACUCGGUAUAUAUUGAAACAUUUACUGUUUAAAGGCUCGUGUUAAUAGCUGUUGUUUUAAUGUAUCUUUUAAGCAUAAAGGAUUCAUUCUGAUUUGCUCAAACAUUUGACCCACUUCCUUUUGCUUCCUCUUGGUUGGGCGUAAUGAAACAGCAUGAUGCUCUUAUAAUACAGCUUGAUCUACAUUCUCUGCAUUUGAUGCAUUAGGUCUGGCUCAGUGUGCUGAACUCUGCUGGCAGCUAAGAGGAGAAGCCGGAAAGAGGCAGGUUCCCUGUGCAAAGGUUGCUUUGCAGCAUAACUUAGGCCUUGGAGGUGCUGUGGUCAUAACUCUGUACAGAAUGGGCUUUCCUGAGGCUGCAAGGUGAGCUUUUAAUUUUUGUGUGUGUGCACCCUCUUUUCCAGACCUAUUAUUUGUAAUCUUACUCAGUUUAUCUCAUUUACUUUGAAUAUAGAAUCUUAUCCAGACAACUGCCAUACAGAACUAAAUAGUUUGAAAUCCCAUGUCCUGUUGCAUGGUCUUAGUGGCUUAUUUCUGCAUAUGUGUUCUGCUUUAAUACCAAAUUAAUUAAACAAGGAGAAAGUCGGGGGUCCUUUUGUUUCUUUAUAGCAGGCAGGAUAUUGCUUGUAAAUACAAAUCUGUGGCUCAGCAUUUUAUUUUUUUAGGGCUAGCUACUCUGGUUUCUUCAGCCGCUGGAAACUUUAAUUGUGGUUUUGGUUAUGGAUAGAAUUGCUGUGUCUUAAUCAUGUUCUCUGAAGUCUGGUUCCAUGUUGAAACAAGAAAACAAAAACUUAAAAGUAAACAACAGUUAAAGGAAUGUGCAGAAUUGGCAGUUUCAAAACGGUUUAGAAAACUAAAAACAGGCAUUGGAGAUGAGGGCUAUAAACUCUGCGUGCUUUUUUUUUUUUUUAAAAUGUCUCAAUACUUCUGCAUACAUAGUAAGGAAAUUGACUUGCAAAUUACUCACAGUUCACUGCCUGUGGGUUUCUAUUUUAUUUGGCUGCUGAGAAGAUUCAAAUAACAUCCUAAAGGUUCCACAUUAAAAGCCAUUAAAAUUAGAUUGCAGGAAAUAUACCUAAGCUUCAUAAAUUCUUUUGUAGAUUUUUGUGCCGAUAGUGAAGCAAGUCACAGGUGUUUGUCGUGUACUUUUACACUGCAACCUGGAUUUUCCUCCUCCUGUAUUCCAAUUUGGGUUUUGUGGGCUCUUGGAAAUGUUUUUCAAGUCAAGUGAGAGCCACCCACGCUAGAAGAUAAACUUCUUUAGAGACGUUUGAUUCAUAUGAGCAAGAGUAAGAAACACUGAUUGAUUGCUAUCAAAUUAAUGAAAGGUUUCUUUGAGCGGAGGCUGUUUGGGUUUGGCUGUUUCAGGGUUGGAAAGCCCUUAAGUGUGGGAGUAAUUGCCAAUCUUCAGCUGGCCUCUCCUAAGGACUCACAUUUGCACCUUUGUACACACGUCUGCACACUCACAUGCACAUUCAUGCGUGCAGUCUGGUCUCCAUUUUCAUCUAUAGAUCUCUCGCUUUCAAAACUGGGUUUAACAGUACUCAUAACACUGGAUUUGUAGGCUUUCGUUCCACAGAAGUGCUUUGCUACUUUGCAUUUUAGAGCAGAGGAACUUGCUCUUCAGCCCUCUGAAAUGUUAGUGCUGGAAUCUAUGCUAAUAAUUCUCUUUAUUGAUUCACAAAUGCUUCUCUUUUAUGGCACAAAUGUUGAAAGGCAUGCUGGACUAUAGGCUUGGCUGCUCUAUAGUUCAUAGCAGGCUGCCUGAAUAAGAACUGGCCUACGAUACAAAAUCAGUUCUUUUGAUGCCCUAUAAUUUGUUUGUUUAGAAAACUUACACUCCACCCUUCUAACAUAUUUGCAUUUCCCACCUUAACAACAAUUAAAAACAAAAACAAUUCCUUAAAAUAAAUAAAACAGCUUGGAAAUGGAACCAAGCUUAGCAGAUAAAAACAUUCCAAAAUGAGGGUUUGCGGCAAAUAAACAAAUCUACGAGAAAUCUCCUUACUACAACAGGAAAUUUUUAAUUUUAAAACGACACUUCACCAUCUAAGGUAUUCCACAGUCUGGGCAAUCAGCUACCAAGGUCUACCAGAAAAGCAAGCAUGGAAGGGUUAAAAGAAUGGCUGGGGAGCAGUUAUAAGUUGGGACUUGAAACCCAAAGAUGUAGCAUAGUGCCAGGAUAUUUCCUUGAAAGGUAUGAUGAAAACACUGAAAAGGUUGACCUACACAUAUAAUGAUGCUCACAGACUUGGAUGGGUUUAAAAGAGGAGGAGGACAAAUUUAUAGUAGCUAAGGCUAUGUUCUUCCACUGUCAAAGGUAGCAUGCAUUUGAAUACCUGUUGCUAAGAUUCACAGUUGUGGAGAAUGCUGUUGCAGUAAGGUCCUGUUUUCAGGCUUCCCAUAGUCCUCUUUUUGGCCACUGAGAGAACAGGUUCGGGCCAUUAGCCUGAUCUAUCAUGACUGCUUUUAUGUUUUGAGGCCACUAUCUCCAUGCGUAAUGUUCUGGAUUUUAAAUAGUCCUGGGAUCAUAUAAUUGCUGAAGUCUCUUCAUCAUAGCACAAUAUAUGGUGUUUCUCAUGCUGAACUAGUAAAAUGAACCUUUAAACAUUUGAUGCAUUUAGAUUCUUUCCCAACAUAUAUAAUGCAAUCUAUCCUAAGUUCUUGAUAUAUUUCCCAAGGGUUUAGGAUAGAUUGCAUUUUCUCAUCACAGAAUCCACUGAGGAAGAUGAGGCUCAGAGAUGGUGAUUUGCCAAAUGUGAAUUUCAGACAUCUAAAUCAAGUGCUUUUUCAGAAGAUAAAACCAGUUAGAUUUUGCUUGUAUUGUAGCUGCCUCUGGCUAUCUAAUUGCAAAAUCAUGUUGUUAGAUCUUCCCUGAUUAUGCAGCUUGGUUAUGCAACUGAAGCUGGGAGUUAAUAGCGGGUAAUUAGGUGAGAGGUGACUUUGUUCCACAGUUUCAUUGUACACUUGCCAUAAUUACUGUUUACUGUUAAAGUUACUAUGCUGAGAUUGUUUACCUCUAGUAAUUAGUCUAAUCAGUAUAGAAAAUUGGAUUUCGCUUAUGUGGUGUGAACAGACAGAAUUGUGUGUCCCCACACCCAAUAUUGGUAUAUUAUUUUUUUCUCCAAAAAAGCAAAAUACUCGUAUUAGGGUGAAAGGAAUAUGCAAAAUGCCUCUCUCAUCUGUGUUUUUAGUGAGUGCAAGGGCAAGCACUAGAGAAAUAUCUCUCCAUCCUUCUGAAUUACAAGGAUGAUAGAAGUUCAGUUUCUUUUAAUGUCCUUUUCCCCCCUGUGGGAUUCUGGAGGGAUUUCAAAAACCCCAGCAGAAUUUGAUGAUGUGACCCUUAUUUGUUUGCAUGUGGGCAAUAUUCUGAGAAAUAUAAGUGGAGUCAUGGUUACCCCCUUACUACACUUCUUGGAUCAUAUUAAUUGUCUAGCCACCAUAUCACAGAGACAUCUAUGGUUCUUCAAUUUGAAAUAAUUGAAAGAGAUGACAUUCCCAUGCUUACACAUGGGUACACAAAAUACACUUUGGGGUUUGUGCUACAGUCACUCAGGUAAGCUUAACAAAUCUUUGUGUGACUUUCUCCCAUUUCAGGAAUAGGCAAAUCCAAGCUAUUCCCACCAGGGCAGCUGUGGAUGGGUUUAAGGCAGAUUUUGUCUUCAAAGAAAUUGAAAAGAAACUUCAAGAGGUAUGUAAAGUAACAAAACAUGUUUAUGGAAUAAUUUUGCAAAGUUGCAGUUCAUGUUUUGGCAAAGGAUUAACGGUAAAACAUGCAAACAAUUACUUUCCUUGAAACAAACUUGUUUGCCAAUUAUUGUUCCGGUUAGAAGUCAAAUUAAUAGUCAAGUUGAACAUUUUUAUUUCCAAUGAUUCCUUGCCCCCUUACCCACAAAAAAGGUUAUCCAAAGCAGGGCACAAUUCUGUCCUAAGACAACAACAUAGUGAUUUUGUAUUUAGAUAGAUAAUAGCUGACUGAGGCCUCUGACGUACAACUUGAACUUUACAGCAUUUUUAAAAAAAUUCAGCUAUUGCAACUUGUGCAAUAGCAGGCAUCAUACUAAAAUAACCCUUUGUGGGAUUGUCACUAAUCAAUUUUGAAAGUAUAAGUUCGGGAGGUAUGGGAAUUGGGUUAUAUGUGGAGAAUUCAACUUUUGCCAUGGGAGGGGCCCCCACUAACCUACCCCUGGAGGCAACCUCUUCACACACACACACACACACACACACACACGGCAUCUACAAAGAAUCCCUCCUAUUUUGCAUAUGCACAUCCUGCUGCCAUGAGAAGUAUUUGACAUGGUUGCAUAGCUGCUGGAUCCAGCUCCCCAUCUUCCUACAGGCUAUAUGAAAGGCAGACUCCACCAUGCACAAGAGUUGGGGGUAAGCUGUGUCCUCUGGCAGGCAUUAUGCGUUUACAUAAAACCAUUCUUCACAUUCUUAUCUAUUAUCCCUAUUGUACUUUCCCCCCAGAGAUUAAGCUUGCAAAAUGCUAUGUCAGGUAUUUUGUCCAUUAUGAACUGGCCCUAGCAAAUGGUUGCUUUGCAGAUGGUAGUGAAGUUUCUCGUGGGUUCUCUAAGUUAGAUUUCUCAAACAACUCUAGUUAGAAUUCCAGUCCCGAGGCAGCAGCUUUAUAUAAUGGUGGAGUCGCUUCUGCAUCCGUAGCUCAGUUGCUUACACCGGCCAGGGUGGAAGGGCAGACAAAUCCUACCAGCCUUAAAGCUGGUGCCAUGAAUGCGUCUGAUACCAUCACGUGAUGACGGCAGUGGGGCAAAUGAGGAUCCAGCAGAUCUCGGGCUGGCUCAGCCUCUCCCCUGGGGCAAAGGGGGUUUGGAUUGCAGCCUCAGCAUGUCAGCAGCAAUUCAAACUUAAUUCAGAGUGUUUGGUUGCUAUGCUUUUUGUUCAACCUCGGAACUCCCCUCCCCCCAUAGCAUUUAAAAGAAAACAAGUAUUAAGAGACCCCUGCGCUUAAUUUCUCCUAUACUUAAUUUCCACUGGUUUUGUAAGAGAAGCCCAACAUUUAAAGCGCCACUUUGCAUUAAAAAAUGCUUUAAAACACUGGCCUCAAGUUGCUGGCAUGUGUCAGUGUUUCCCUAGUUAAUUUUCCAAUUUAUCUGGGGUAUGCCAGCAAUCUGAUAUGAACAGCUUGGGGGAAAGAUUACAUGGAUUUUCCUAGGCUUAGAAUUCAAAUACUGGGAAAGCCUGCGAUUUUUCCAAUAAUAGAAGGAGGGGAAAACACUCAAUAAGCAGUGUGUGUAAUGCUGUUUUUCAAUCUUGGCACUUGGUAGAGCUUGUAUACAUUGCUUACGCCAUCGCUCUGCAUAUCGAAAACCUGUAACGAAGAAGGAGGGUUCUAAACCAACCUUCUCCGCUUGCAUUCUCUGCCGUCAUUGAUUUAGCCUUGUUCUUGCCUGAGCAUGAAAUCUGGAGUUGGGAAAUUAAGCAAAAUAAAUUGCUACCUGAGUGGUUUCAAGUUUAGCAUAGAAGUCAUAAUCCAGAUGACCAAAUGAUGCUUCACAUGUUGCCUCAGAGCUAAAUCCUAUUACCUUCCAUGGGGCUUGCUUCCUAGUCUAGGAGUAGGAACACAUGUGGUGCUUUCCAGAUGUUCCACAGGACUGCAAAUGUGAUAAUCUUUGACUAUUGGCCAUGCUGUCCGGGGCUGAUGGGCGUUGUAGUCCGACACCAUCUGGAGGGCACCAUUUUGCCUACCACUGCACUCGAAAUCUGCAGGGGGUUGCACUGUCCGUCUGCAUUCCCUGCUGAGCUUUUGAUUUUGAGGGGGAGGUGGGGCUAACAGCAUCUCUGAAACAAGGCUUUUCAGGAGGCUUCCGUGGUACAGCAUGCGAUGGGGGGACGACUAGGCUGCAGUUCAAGGACACAGAAACUAAAGUCCUUCUGGGCCUUCAGACCAUAAAAGAGCACAUGGGGCAGUCCAAGCAUGCAAACAUUUAGCAUGGUGUGGAAAUACUUGAUGCAUUCUGUAAGUUGAAAAUGCUGUUAGUCUUUCGUCUGUGAUAUAUUAUUGUUUCAUGCUGAUUGCAGGAAGGGGAACAGUAUGUCAAGAAAAUUGGUGGUAUAUUUGCCUUCAAAGUAAAAGAGGGCCCUGGAGGUAAAGAAGCAACUUGGGUAGUUGAUGUGAAAAAUGGUAAAGGCUGUGUGGAUUUCGACUCAGGUCAGUACUGCUUUUGCCACCACAAAAUAUUAAUAUUUUAUUGCAAUGUAAGGUAAUACUACUUUAAGUACUGUAGGUUUGGUUGCAAAAUAGGAACAUGUUUAAUUAAAGGGUGGCACGUGAGUAGCAACUGUAUAUUAAUUGUGCAAAAAUAAUCAUUUGAAAAGAGCCAGUACUGCUGUAGGGAAAGAAAUAUGUACUGCAUUUUUUUUUCAUUGGACUUUGGAUUGGGCCCCAUUUAUCAGGCGAAGAUAAAUGGCGAUUUGCCCUUGGACAUGGAUCAGUUGCAUUGCUCGAAAAUGACAUUGGCAAGAUAGCAUCUGUUCAAAGAACUCUCUGCAAUCCAUAAAUGUUUAUGCAAUACAUGUGGUUAAAGAGCCGCAAGAACAAGGUCUGCCUGUUCUAUUAAAUGCCAGUAAGGCUGCAUUCCUCUGUACACUUAACUAGGAAAUUAAUCCCAUUUUGCAAUCAUGGAAUCCUGUGGAUGAUACUGCUGUUAAACUAGUAAUGAAAAGGUUUGAAGUGCGUUCUGGUUACUGCUGCAGAUGAAACUGAUAUUGACACUCCUAUCUCCACAGCAGGGUGAGAUUUCAGGGGGUUCCAGGCACUUACCCCAGGGCCCAUUUUCCCUUUGGUCUUUAUGCUAUAUGGUUUAUUUACACAUAUAUACAACUUAGUCUAGAUUGUGGGAAAACAGCACUUUCACAUGCCAAAGGAGUCCUGUUCCUCCCAUUGCUGCAGCCUUGGAUUCCAAGAAGCUCCAACCAUCAUUCAGUCAAACCUUGCUUAAUUCUAACUUUCUGAACCCAAGAGUUACGGGUGACUUGCACUCACAAACUCUGGCACCCAGAACCUAUAACAAUGUAAUGGUUUAGACCCAGAGUGUCCCUUCAGCAAGCUCCUUCUGUUCACAGGUGAGACUGAGAUCCUACAGAGGCUUAGUAAGACCAAAGCCGGUUGAGUUUUCCACUGUGGCCAACCAGGUGCCCAUGAAAAGCUCACAAGCAGGACGUCAGGGCUUUUCAGAGCAGUUUUUCAGGAUACACAGGUGUCUGCAGGGGAGUGGAGAAAUAUGAGAUAAUUCCAUUUUUCUCCCUCCCCACUUCCUCCGGCAGGAGGGUCCCAUGAGUGGAGUUUCUGGAUCCAAGUCAAUGACAAUAUUUAAAUGAGCUGAAUUUUACAACUUGGCUUCUGUGGCUAUGAAUCGGCAGUAUCAGCAAUGUAUGAAGCUAAAAGUUACUUCCUUGAUAAGGGGAGCGGAUCUGCAUUAAGGCUUCUCUGUUAGAAAGCAAAAUAACCUUAAAAUAGUCCUUUAAAAAACAAAUAAAUUUCCUGACCGUUUUGUUUCAAGUCAUCUGUCCGCUUUUUACAGAUAAGAAAGCUGACUGCACAAUUACAAUGGCUGACGCUGAUUUGCUGGCUCUGAUGACUGGCAAGAUGAAUCCGCAGACAGUAAGUGAAAUUCAGAGGAAGUGCCAUUAUCCUUCUAGUUUAAUUGUUCUACAGGCUUAUUUUAUAGCAGAAAACUAAUGAGAACAACCUGUGUUCCUUUGCCUCCCAAGUUCUUUAGACUGAAUGAUGGUUGACUUAAUUCACCACCUGUUCACAUCAGAAUUGCUGCAGAUGGGCAAACACAGGCUAUUUUCAUUAAAAGUGUUUCCAAAGCAUUUGGCAAAGCACUUAGCUGGCAGUCACUUUUGUGCAGAUGGAAAUGUUCCUUUUUGAAAAGGCUUUUUUAUUAUUAGUUGGCUUGAUUUACAACAUUGUUUCUUCAGUAUGAACAAACAGAAAAUUCUCCUCUGAGGUCACUAAUGCCAGUGAUAGAACUCUGUGUGAUUUCUGUCCAAUAAUGAAAACUGUUGGCAGUCAACAUGGUGCCCUCUAGAUCUUGGUGGACUUAAGUCCCAUCAUCCAUGAUUAUUGGCCAUGCUGGCUGGGGCUGAUGGGAGUUGGAGUCCAACAACACCUGGAGGGCACCAUUUUGAAAAGUGGAAGGGUUUCAUCAGGUGUAGACAAACUAGCAGCUUUUUCUCCUUGGCUGCAUUUACACCUCAUGGUAUGCCAAGUUUUGUUCGUGGGUUACUGAUUGUGGUUUGUUUUGGAGAAGCAAACCAUGAGCACUGGUUUGCAUGUCAGAGUUGGCCAAGGCCUGUAACUUCUUGCAAUUCAAGUGUUCAAUAGUCCCCCACUAGUUCACAGUAAGGGCAUUGUUUAUGUUCUACAAUGACAUGCAGAAGGGGUCAUUGUGUAUCUCAAAGUCAUGUAGUCAUCACAGAUGACUAUAUGCAAUUCUAUAUGCAUUUGAUCUUUUUCUCCUUUUUCAUAUAUGUUGUCUGUGGAAGGUUUUGCACGCAUUUAGAGAAGACAAUCUAAAAUAUUUUAUGGCAGUCUCUCAAAUUACUUGGAUUUGAACUUAGAAGAAGUGAUCCAAGGAGGAAAAGUAAGAAGCAUUUACUUGGAAAAUGUAAUUCAAUCUCUUUUUAAAUUUCUUCCAGGCUUUCUUUCAAGGCAAAUUGAAGAUUUCUGGGAACAUGGGCAUGGCUAUGAAGCUACAGAACCUACAGCUUCAACCGGUCAAAGCUAAACUUUGAACCACCGACUUCAAGAUGCAGUUUAGAUGUGAACAACGUGUUUAAUAUAUAUAUAUAAAAACUAAGCAGGAACUAGAUGUUGGAAGUAGCAUGGGACAGGUUUUCUGAAUAGGUGUGAUCAACUCUAGCUUUCCUGAGGCCUCUGUUCAAUGGAAAUUUUGGCACUGUGUUCCAUAAAUCAGCCUAAACGAUCGCAAAGUGAAUAAAAUAUUAGUGGUUGGCGUAGCCUUAGACUGUUUAUAAUGGUUAACACCAGCAUGAUGUAUAACAAGCCCUGAUUUUAUCUCACCUGAAACCAUUUUUUUUUUUUAAAUCUAAAUCAAGGGAUCAGCCUCCCAUAAAUUCUUGUGAAGUUUAAAAAGUAGGAAGAGUGAUGGAGAAUAUCACCUGUUUGGCAAAACAAUUCUUAAACAAUUUCAUUUGUAUCUUAAGAAUACUUCCAUAGCAGCUCAAAGAAAUACUUUUUUACUUUGGCUGGGAUCCAGAGAACUAUUUUAGGUAGGCCCUAGGGCUUGGACAUACUCAAGUGAGGUUCUUUCUUUCUUUCAGUAACAGGCACACACACACAUGCCUGUCAUAUCAGACCGCUUUUGAAACACUACCUGGUUUCGAAGGUGGUGGUAUUGUGGGUGAAUGCUGGAGAAACAGAACUCCAAAGCUCCCAUAGGUAAGGAGAACUAGUUAUAUUGAUUUCUUUGGAUCCUAGCCUUCAUUGAAUAGAAUUUCCAAAUUCCCAUGUGAAGGGUUGUUUUAUCAUAUUGGAAAUCAGAUGGUUCGCAUCAAUUGCAAUAACAUUUAAUUGUAGUGCUUUCUCCGUAACAUAAUGCUUACAAGGGUAAAGGGUAGCACUUUUUAAGCAUUUGUUUGGUUUUAACUGUGCUAUACAGAGUUCUGGAAACUGAUGAUUCUUUAAUAAAUUCAUAUAUAAAUACUAUUCAUUUUUAAGUCAUUCUGUUUGGCAGUUAUGUGUUCUGAUCUGUAAGCUCCCAUACUAAAUUUAAAUCUAUUCUUCAGUUUGAGCUGGGUUUUUUGGGCAAUUUUUAUUUGAUAAUAACAGAGUGCACAGUACAUAGAAGUUGCAUGGUUAAGAUCAGAUGACACUGAAAUGUAUGCAACAUUUGGUCCAACAGACUGUUACUUUCGUGUUAGCAUGGAAAGCCACUGCAGUGCUUUGUAGAUUAUGCAGGCCUCUGUGUUACAGUUCAUGGAGUAGGCUGUUCAAAACUGAAACUGCAUUGUAGGCCAGUGAAACAAGUUGUUUUUCCUUCUGUUCUGCUCUAAACAGCAGCCCAGGGUCAGAAGUCAAAUGCGUCUCUUAAAUGUUAUUCCACAUUGAAGUACCUCUGGAAUCCCUAAGCAUUUCUACAUUCUGUGCUUUAGUAAUCCUCUUGCCAAAAACAUUUCCCUGCUGCUGCUCUGACAGGUGUGAUGUGAAUAUAUAUCCUUUUCUUUUAAUGCCUUUGCGUUGUAUAAUUAUGAGAAUCUUGGAAAAAGAGAAUCUGUACUCAGUAGUAGACCAUAUAUUAUGGUAAAUUGAAAACAGAUGUGUAUAAACAGAAUGUUUCAGCAGAAAAAUACCUGUCUUCAUGUUAGGUAGAGAAUGUAAUGGACUCAGGAACCAGCUGUUUAGCAUAGUUUAAAUUGUAUUUUUAGGCACCUGAUAGCCAUGUUCCAUCUAAAGACGCAUGAACUUUAGACUAGGAAAUGAUUGAAUCUCCUCUGUAAUUUAAUGGAAACAUGGUUGGUUUUGUCACACAAAUUCAUAUAUUAUGAUUCGGGUAUCUGUAUAUCAGUGCAGAACUUGGUGUGAAGCAACAGUAAGAUCAUGGCUUGGGAUGCUGCCUACUGCAUUACAGAACUAGGAUGGCCACUUUUCUUAGGUUAUAUUUGACCACACGUUUUUGACCCUGGUAAAUAACGAUGGUGUCCUUAUACCAAUUGAAGUCAGAUUCACAUGAAGUUUGUGCCUCACAUCUUUAUUUCAUUUUCUAGCCUCCUAAAAUGAUAAUAGUGAUGGGAGCCCAACAUGCUGACGUUCAUGUGCCUCUAAGCGCAAGCUUCAGGUUUCAAAAUUUUACGCUAGUGAAAGAUCAUUUUGAUAAUAAUUUAACUUAUAAUUCAGUGCAGCCCAGUCCUGCUUGGAUUUUCUGUUAUGCUCUGUUGGAAUUAAAAUUUGCUUAACUUGAUAUCCCCUUUAAAAUACUAUGAGAGGGGGUUGAAUACAUGGGUAUUAUCAGCAUAAUUCUAGAUUCUUUUAAAAAAUGUAACUCUACCCUACCGUUUAGCAUAGCUGCUUCCAUGCAGCUAGCAAAGUACUAAAACAUUAGUAUUAAUUUGCAUCCUCAGGUGUCUUCCCUAUAAAGAGUGGUGUGAAACAGGGCUAAGUUCUCACCUCAACUCUUUGUUAUGUUCUUUUCCCUGUUGCUCUCCUGUGCCUUCAGCUUGACUGAAGACGAUGUGUACCUCUAUUCUGUUCAGCCUGGCAUGUCUCCCUGCCAAGACAAAAGUGUGGCAGCCCAAGAGAUGUUGUUUGCAGAUGAUGCAGCCUUGACAGAAGGAAGCUUCAAGGAAGCUCUUUAGAGACGCAUCAACCGUUUUGCCCAAGCCUGCAUGGAGUUCAGCCUCACCAUCAGCCUGACAAAGACGAACAUUCUGGGUCAGGAUGUCACCAGCACUCCAUGCAUCAUCACUUGAGAUUUUGUUGUCCUGGGCUCCACCAUAACCAGCAACCUCUCCAUCGAUACUGAGUUGGACAAGCAUAUUGGAUAGGCAGCUACAGCAAUGGCUUGCCUCUCCAGAAGGGUAUGGGAGAAUGUGAUGCCAAUAUCCAACACCAAGAUGAAGGUCUACCAUACUUGCAUGUUGAGCACGCUGCUUUAUGGAAGUGAAUUGUGGGGAGCUUACACUGCUAGAAGCAAUGUCUCAGUGCCUUCCAUAUGCACUGCAUCAGGAAGAUUUUGGGCAUCACAGGGUCUCAAACAAAGAUACCCUCUCCCAAUCUCACAUUCCCACCAUGUUCUCCGAUGUCAGCUCAGACACAAUACUGUACUGUACUUUGCAGUGAAAGCAGCUAAUGUGUUUGGGCAGCAGUGAUUAAGUGGUAAGAGACUAAGUAUGAAGGUGUAUGUACAGGUGCAGGCUUUGAAGAGCAGACUGAAUUAUUUUGCUUAAAGCUGUGCACAGCUCUCGACAAUCUAAACCUAUGAUCAUGUUAAGCAGAGAAAACGUAAGGAACCACUCACUGAGGUGCUUUCUACCUAUAUAUUUUGAGGGGAAGAAACUGCAUUUAAAGCUGGUAGAGCUUUUCUUUUUUUAAUUCUGGCAAAUUAAAAACAAAAACAAAUUCUUGUAGAUUGUCUGAUGGGGAGACCUUACUAUGUCAAAGUCUAAAAGCUUCAAAUAUAAGCUUUCUUUUCCUUUCAACAUGUAUGCUGAUAUGGUCACUAAUAUUUGAGUAAAAGCAUCUUUUUAGUGAAAAGCUAUUCUUUCUGGUUGUGAUAAAAGUGCCAACUUGGGUGUUAAAGCUACUCAUUCAACAGGGACAAGUAAGAUUUCCACAUGUGGAAGACAAACACUGAAAACAAAUCCCAUGUAGUCU